AUGUGGGGAAUGUGUCGUGACAAGUACGGAAGUGCAGUCGUCGCAGGAUUCUUCAAAGCUUUGGAACUGCUUAAACCGAAAAAUAUCAAGGUCGUGGGCUACAUGUGUAUGGUUCGGAACAGCAUAGGUUCGCAUGGAUAUACGACUGAUGAAGUGAUCACGGCACGAAGUGGAAAACGGAUUCACAUCUAUAACACAGAUGCAGAAGGACGGAUCACUAUGCUCGAUCCCUUGACGAGGGCUAAAGAAGAAGCUCUUAAUGAAGUGAAUCCUCACCUUAUGACAAUUGCUACUUUAACUGGACAUGCAGUGUUGACGUACGGGCACUAUGCUGCUAUUAUGGAUAACGGGCCAGCAAAGCGAAGUGGUUGGGCUCGUCGAAUCCAGGAUAUAGGAGAUAUUUAUGGUCAGCCUAUCGAAAUCAGUCGAUUGCAACCAGAGGCAAGUUUUAAAGAAGCUGUUGUUUCGACUUAA